AUGGGGUGUGACGUAGUAGAGAGCGAAAACGGUCGUCUGGAGGGAGGAGGCAAAGGGGAGAAGUUUGCUAGGGAAUAUGGCGCAAAGGCUCUACACAAUGACAACUUGCUAGGAUGUAACACCACCACCACCACCGCCGCUGCCCCAGCGCAGUUUUGCUCUUCCAGCCACCCACCGGCCGCCACGGGGAGAGAGGAUAUUAUUUCGGACACAGCAGAGCUCUUGAGCUACAACAACGACAACGACGACAACGACAACAACAACAAGGUACAGUACAGCGGGCGGAAAAGCACAAAGAAGGUAGGUCCAGGUCCAGGUCCAGGUCCAGGUCCAGUCGUGGUUGAGAAGCCCCUCGUCGUCCUUGCGUCGAUUCGAUGCGGGAGGAAGAGAGAAGAGGAUAAAGUUCCAAUUGGACUGAGGUAG